ACAUUGCUGUAUUGCUGCUUUUACUGAUUAAGGGAUCGGAAUACUUCUUGCUGAUUACCAGCAGGGGCUCACUUCAUUACUAUAUACCUGUGUUAAUACUGUUUUUCUGAGGCCAGUCGUGACUGCAGGUACCUUUUCCUUGGUUUGGACUGUGCGUCACGGUGGCAGUGUGGAGCUGCUCUCUGUUCCUCUGCAGCUCUGCUCUGUCAUGGAAAUCCAGUCACUAUUAGAGCAGAAAGACAUCUGAAUCGCGGCGAAUGCAUAAAGAAUCCUGUAUUAUAGUCAUCUAAUAAUCCGCAGACUUAACGCUGUCAUAGUUUCUCUGUUGGGAUGUCGUCAUCUGAAACUGCUGCGUCACAUGAAGUCCCUGAAGCAUCACCUCCAGCAUCGGAGCCUGAACCGCUGAGGAUCGUUCUGUUGGGCAGGACUGGGACCGGCAGAAGCUCCUCAGGCAACACCAUCCUGGGCAGGUCUGCCUUCUGCGUGGACGUGUCUCCAUGUUCUGUAACCACACGGUGCAUGAGGCAGACUGGGACGGUAGACGGGCGGAGUAUCUCUGUUAUCGACACUCCAGGGUUCUUCCACACACACCUGUCCCCUCAGGAGGUCAUGGAAGAAGUGGGUCAGUGUAUGGGUUUGUCCUCUCUGGGAAUCCACGUCUUCUUGGUGACCCUGCAGCCCGGUAGGUUCACCCAGGAGGAGAGGGAGGCCUUGGAGUGGAUCAAAGCCAGAUUUGGGAGUGACGUCACCAGGUUUACGAUGGUGCUGUUCACAUGGGGAGACCAACUGCAGGGCAAACGUGCGGAGAACUUCCUGGAGAAGAGUCGGGAGCUGUCGGAGUUUGUCAGCAGCUGCCAUGGGGGGCAUCACACCUUUGAUAACAGCAGUCUGGACAAGACAACAGAGUGCUCACAACAAGUCUCGGACCUUCUGAAGAAGGUAGACAAGCUUGUGGCGGACAACGGAGGCGGUUGCUAUAGCAGCGAGAUGUUCAAGGAGGCCGAGAGCGCCAUAAGGGAGGCACAGGAGAGGAUUCUGGGAGAACACUGCAUGGAAUCUCCUCAGAAGGAGGCUGAAAACAAGGAGGAGCAGUCACCAGACCUAGAGAGGAGGAGGAAGGAAGAGGAGCAGAGGAGGAGGGAGGAGGAGGAGGACAGGAAGAGAGCAGAGAGGCUCUUCUGGUGCGAGCUGGUGACUGCUGUGGGGAAAGGUGCUGCAGAGGGAGCAGGGAUCAUGGGGAAGGACAAGGGCAAAGGGAAAGCUGUGAAGAAGGCGAAGGUGGUGGAGAAGGCAGCAGCUCUGGCAGCAUCACCGCUCUCCAUCAGCUCAGCCGCCAAAGCAGUGGGAGGAGCUGUGAAGGAAGGAAGUAAGGUGUUAUAUAAACACAGAAAAACGUUCCUGCGCUGAAAGAUGCUUCAUUUAACCCUCCUGCUGUCCUCAUUAAUAGGCACCAAAAAAAUAUUGUUUAAAAAUCCAAAAAUUCACCAAAAAAAUUCCCCAAAUUUCUGAAAAUUUGCAAAACCUUCAGGAAGAAAAUUCCAAUAAUUCCUUAAAAGUUUCCCUAAAAAGUUUUAUUUAAAAAAAAAAAAAAAUCCCCCAAAUUUGGCAAGAAAAUUCUUGUAAAUAUUUUCAAAAAAUGAGUAAAAAUCUUCCAAAAAAAAUUAAAAAUAUCUAACGUGAUUACAUAUAUAUCAGUAAAACUUCUAAUAUUUUCUUUAAGAACAUUCACAAAAAAGUCAACCAAAAUCCAGCGAAUUUCGCAGGAUUUUGGUAGAUUUUUUUGUGAAUGUUCUUAGGAAACAUUUUUAACAUUUCUUUUUCUCCACCAAAAAAUGUUCAAAAAAAUUCCCGAAAAUGUUGAAAAUGUGGACAUCAGAGGUUUCACUGUGAAAUUUUUUUCCCCCCACAUUUUCAAACUGUAACCCGCAGGACGACACGAGGGUGAAGACUAUAUGAAAAUGUUCAUUGUAUUCUUCAGGUAAAAUACCUUUAGUGGUACCAGAUAUUAAAAUUAACAAGAAAUUGGAGAAAACAAGGGCGGUCUAACAAUUCUUUCCAUGACUGUAUGAUAAAUUUUGAUUCAUUGUUAUUUGACCAAUAGGUUUCUUCAGGCUGGAAAUCACACAAAGAAGUGACAAAAUAUGUUGACAGAUUGUGUUAAAGAUGUAAAUAACACAACUAUUUUCUACAAAAAAAGCUAUGUCCAAAAUUAUUCAUACCCUUGAAAUUGUCACAGAUCUUCAGAAAAUGGAAGCUUUUACAAUUUUUUUUGACACCAGAAGCCAAGUCAGGUUAAAGAUCUUAGGUACAAAUACAUUUUAAUUAAUUAUAGUGUCUAAUAUUUACAGGUGAAGUGAAUAUUAGACAUUUGGUUGGGUAGUGAGCGCAGCAAUUUCCUGGCAGGAUAGGGUUAGAGUAUGAAUAAUUUUGGGCUUCACUGUUUGGUCUUUAAUACACAUAGAGGUGAUGAUGUGAAAGAAAAACUCAACUGUACUUUUUUGUUGUGCAUCACUAGGGAUGUCCGAUAAUAUUGGCCCACCGAUACACUGAUAUUAUCGGCCCAAUAUUGGCAUAAAAAUGUAAUAUUGGUCAAAAUCAUUAUCGCUUUUUUUUUUUUUUUUUGCCUAUCAUGAAAACCGAUAAACUAAUGCCUGGAUUUCUCCGGCAUUUACUGGCGCGCAUAUGAUCACAUCAUCAAACUGCGUUGUGAAGCAUGUAAACAAGUCUGUGGCUGCAGUAACAAGCUUGCUGUGCCUGACUAACAACAUGUCUGUGGUUUGGAAUUAUUUCCAAGCCCACAUAUAUCGGCAUCGGUAUGAGUUGACAUCGGAAUCGGAAUAUUGAGAGUUGGACAAUAUCGGCAUAUCGGUUAUUGUCAAAAAAAGCCAAUAUCAGACAUCCCUAUGCAUCACCUAUCACAUGCUACAUAUCUUUUACAAUCAGCACAGUGCACGAGCACUUUCAGACCAUACUGUCAAAUAAGACUGCAUGUCUGUGUGUGUCGUAAACAUACUUACUUUGUGUUUCAGUGGAAGUAAAUUGGUUAAAAAAAAAAGAACAUAAACACAUUUUUGAGCUUAGAGAAUUCAUGGUAUAAUAAAAGGUUAAGUCACAAAAGUCAUGUGCAAUUCAGAAUCCUGUGACAAACACAUUUGUAUUUGUCAAAAAUAGGUUAGUCUCUUACAGAAAUGUUCCCAUUUGUACCCCUGACACAAUGACACAAUUUGGCAAGGGUAAAAACAGAAGGGCGGCACAAAAAAAAAAGUUUAAUUACAACAUUGCAGCUAUUCCAUCUUUGGCUUCAUGACAUGAUAUUUAGCCCUUUUUUUCUGCCAUGAAGAAAUACACUGGAAUAUAAAAGAUGAUGAUAAGGUACAAAUACAAAACAGUAACAUAUUUAAUAAUGAUAAAGGACAUACA